CGACUGCCCCUGCUGCUGUCGUAGACGGGGGCGGCUGUUGGUGCGGCGGCUGUUGGCUCGCGGCGGCGGCGGCGGCGGCGGGGGCGGCGGCGGCGGCGGCGGCGGCCCAGGCCGAGGCGAGGCGGGCAGGCGGCGGCCGGCGCGGUGACGGCGGCGGCGGCGGCGGCGCCCGGGCCGGGCGGCGGCGAGGGGGGGGGAAGAUGGCGGACGUGCUCAGCGUCCUGCGACAGUACAACAUCCAGAAGAAGGAGAUCGUGGUGAAGGGGGACGAGGUGAUCUUCGGCGAGUUCUCCUGGCCCAAGAACGUCAAGACCAACUACGUGGUGUGGGGAACCGGGAAGGAAGGCCAGCCCAGAGAAUACUACACGUUGGAUUCCAUCUUAUUUCUGCUUAAUAAUGUGCACCUUUCUCAUCCAGUUUACGUUCGACGUGCAGCUACUGAAAAUAUCCCUGUGGUUAGAAGACCUGACCGAAAAGAUCUCCUUGGGUAUCUCAAUGGUGAAGCAUCAACAUCGGCAAGUAUAGACAGAAGUGCCCCCCUGGAAAUAGGUCUUCAGAGAUCUACUCAAGUCAAACGAGCUUCAGAUGAAGUUUUAGCCGAAGCAAAGAAACCACGAAUUGAGGAUGAAGAAUGUGUACGCCUUGAUAAAGAAAGGUUGGCUGCUCGGCUGGAGGGCCAUAAAGAAGGCAUUGUGCAGACUGAACAGAUCAGGUCUUUGUCUGAAGCUAUGUCAGUGGAAAAAAUUGCUGCAAUCAAAGCCAAAAUUAUGGCUAAGAAAAGAUCUACUAUCAAGACUGAUCUAGAUGAUGAUAUAACUGCCCUUAAACAGAGGAGUUUUGUGGAUGCCGAGGUGGACGUGACCCGCGAUAUUGUCAGCAGAGAGAGAGUGUGGAGGACGCGAACAACUAUCUUACAGAGCACAGGAAAGAACUUUUCCAAGAAUAUUUUUGCAAUUCUUCAAUCUGUAAAAGCCAGAGAAGAAGGGCGAGCACCCGAACAGCGACCAGCUCCAAACGCAGCACCUGUGGAUCCCACAUUGCGUACUAAGCAGCCUAUCCCAGCUGCCUACAACAGAUAUGACCAGGAGAGAUUCAAAGGGAAAGAAGAAACGGAAGGCUUUAAAAUCGACACGAUGGGCACCUACCAUGGCAUGACACUGAAGUCUGUAACGGAAGGUGCAUCUGCUCGUAAGACUCAAACUCCUGCAGCCCAGCCUGUACCGAGGCCAGUUUCUCAAGCAAGACCUCCUCCAAAUCAGAAGAAAGGAUCACGGACACCCAUUAUCAUAAUACCUGCUGCUACCACUUCUUUAAUAACCAUGCUUAAUGCGAAAGACCUUCUGCAGGAUCUAAAAUUUGUCCCAUCAGAUGAAAAGAAGAAACAAGGUUGUCAACGAGAAAAUGAAACUCUGAUACAGAGAAGAAAAGAUCAGAUGCAGCCAGGGGGUGCUGCAAUUAGCGUCACAGUACCCUAUAGAGUGGUGGACCAGCCCCUUAAGCUGAUGCCUCAGGACUGGGACCGAGUUGUAGCAGUGUUUGUCCAAGGUCCUGCGUGGCAGUUCAAAGGCUGGCCGUGGCUUUUGCCUGAUGGAUCACCAGUUGACAUAUUUGCUAAAAUUAAAGCCUUCCAUCUUAAGUAUGAUGAAGUCCGUCUAGACCCAAAUGUUCAGAAAUGGGACGUCACGGUGUUGGAGCUCAGCUAUCACAAGCGCCAUCUAGACAGACCGGUUUUCUUGCGGUUCUGGGAAACAUUGGAUAGGUACAUGGUGAAGCAUAAAUCCCACCUGAGAUUCUGAAGUCUUUGGAGGUUCCUCUCGUGAAAAGCUGGAUUGAGAAGCGUGGAAUACCUUAAUACCUUGACCUAGAGACUGGGAUUCAGCUUUAUGAAUUGGUGAUGAACUUGGAAAGGAAGGUCACCGCAGUCUUUCCUGAGACUUGCUUGACGCGUUGUGCUGCAGAGGGUGCCGUCCACCAUCCGUAUCAGCAAACUUUUUGGCUUACAACUAUUUUUUUAAUAUUAGCCUUCUAGUCUGUAAUGGAAAUUGUAUAUUUUGAUAGAAGUUUUUUCUCUAUGGGUUAAAUUAGCAUUACUUAAAAUUUGUUUCUUUAGAAAUAAAUCCAGGUUAUAAAUGUGUGUAUAUUUAGAGGUUAUAAGGCUUCCUAAGCCAUCUUGCUUCUGAUUUUUCAUUGCUCUAUGAUCCCUUCCACUGAAAAUACUGUGUCAUGAGUGGUAUUAAAUUGUAGACUUGGAACUUGGAACACACAUAAAAGGGAUGUGACUAUUUUGAAUGAAUCAAAAUGUCAGCCUGUAUGUAUACUACAUCUAUACUUAACUAUUUGAAAGGAAUAAUGAAAAAUCAAGAACAACGCUUCAUCUUUGGUUGAAAUGUUCAGCCUUUUUUUUCUUUUAUAAAUGAAUAUAUUGAAUGAAUGUACAUUCUUCUCACUGACUUUGAUGAUUUUAAAACUUAGAAAGAUAUAUUUCUAUCUGGGAUAUCUUUCCACUUGGAAAAUCUCAAAACAGAUGUAAAGCGUACUGCGUGUGUAUACUGGGCGUGGAGGGGUUUUUAUUGGGGAGCUGGAGAAGAAUGUGCAUUGGUCCUACUGCAGUGUAUCUUUCACUUCCUAUUGCUUCUCCUAAGUCCCCUUUUGAUGGUUACUUUACAUGGUGUACAAUUUCAAGUCUAUUUCUAGGCAGGUCAGUUUUGGUCUUAUCUUUCAUUAUCCCUAAGUACUGAUGAACUCCCAGGCACCAAAGAACAUAUUUGCUCAAGUGUCAGAACAGAAACAAGAUAAGGAAAA